ACGUGGUCGAUGUCUCCCAUGUAAACAUAAUAUGUAUGGUGUUUUAUGUAGUGAAACAUGUGACUGUAAUCCUGACGAGAGGUGCGAUAAUAAGGUGGGAUGUAUUUCAAAGAGCACAGAGAGCACAGUGUCAGUUAAUCUUUCAAAUGAAACAGUCACUGGAAAACAGACCAAUACCUUGAAAGAUAGAAGUUCAAACUUUGAAUGGAUAAUAUAUACAUUGUGUAUAACUGGGUUAACAAUUUUGACGGUUAUGGGUAACAUAUUACAUAAAAAAAGAAAACAGCGAUCACUUAAACUAAAAAUCAAUGCAGAAAUUGAUUUGGAAUCGUUUCAACCGACCCCAUGUAAUGGCAUCUAUAGUGAGGUCGACGAAAACCCGUUAAGAUUUGAUACAACGGAACUGAAUGUUGCAUUACAAGCAUCUUUAAGGAAAUCUGUUAAUUUCGUAUCACAGGGGAGACAAUCUAUUACAACAGAAAUCGAAGAUGAUGAAACGACCGGAUACCUUGACGUAUAUUUCGAUAUGGAAAACGACAUUACAAGAAAAAAAGAUGAAAUACCUCACGAAAGCUUUCCAAAUAUUUCAGAAAACUCAGACGUUGUGGGAAAUGACAAUAAAGAAUGUCACAAACCUUACACAGUACUUCUAGACAAUCGCCAAGGAGACUCGAAUGCGUGUGAAGUGAUAGCUACGGAGCAUCAAUGUAGUGAAAAUUCUUCAACGUCAGAAAAAGAAGCUACAAGUAAUGUAUAUCCUGAUAUGUUCAAAACUAUACAAACCGAUAAACAAAUACAACACCAAGCGAACGCAAAUCUGCUAUCACCAAAAAUUACUACAGUAAAUGAACCAGCACUACAGGAAGCUAGUCCAUCGGUAGACAAAACUUGUAAUUUACAGGAUUGCACAAACAAGUUUGUCAAAUCGGAGAAAAGAAUUGACAGUGUUUGUGUUAUCGACUCCAACGAAGAUAAAUCGUUAGAUGUAGAAAAGUCGAAAACACUUUGAUAGAAAACAAUUUGAGUAUAGAUAAGAUACAGCAUUUUCUUUCCAAAAAAGGAUGCAAAUAUCAUUUUAAAUGUGAGUGAUUUCAGACUUUUUGUAUACUAAAUUCUGGUAAAGUCUGUUAUGACAAGGAGUAUUCAGUAGUACCAUACAAGAAAAGAUUAACUCUUGAACUUACAUGUAGUUAUCUUGCAAUCAAAUUGUGUUUAUAUCCGAAUUCUUCAUAAAUAUUUAAACCGGUUUUGUUGCAUAAUGGGAGUAUAUCGUGUAAUCUAGGUUAUAUUUGUCACACAGACGGAAUAAAAGGAGGA